AUGUCAGAAAGGAGCUCGGUCUUUACAGAGGCUUUUCGCCUCUCAACCAUCCCCAAUGAAAAGAAAUUAACUCAAGAUGAAGUGGUUUUUUUAUUCAAUUAUUUCACUACAAAUACUAAUCAAGUAGCUAAUGCGGAGUUAGCUCGACUAUUUGAGGACUUUUGUACUCCUUGUAAACUUAAUACAACGUUGUAUAUAUUGAGCAAUCUUUAUGCGAGGAAACGUUGGGUUUAUUCAUUUAUUUACUCAUUCUUUGCAGGAAAGCGUAAGCGUCCCGAAGAUGACAAUCAAUUUGCAAUUACCGAAGAAAUGAAAACAUUUGCCAGUGUACUCCCAUGGAAUAAGUUGAACGCAAUCCCAUCUUCUCAAUCCGUCAUAUCUCUUCCCAACAACAUCUGUUUUCUUGGUUCUAGUAAUCUUGGUUCAAAAAUUUUCGUUCGGAAAGCAUAUAAGGAACUUUGGGAGAUUAUAAGUAUACAGCAUCCUGGACAUGAUUUCCUAAUUACAGGAAAUCCAGGGAUAGGCAAAACCUUUUUUAAUCUUUUCUUAUUAUACAUACUUGUUGGAAUUGGUAAGACGGUGGUCUUUCAGACUGAUCAAGAAACACGUUACAAAUUCAGCAAUGGGGCUGUGGUGGAGCUUACAACAAUACAACACUUGCGUGUCGUCCUUAAUGACCCACAAGUAUAUUACCUUUUAGACACUAUGGAACCUCAAAUAAAGCUAUGUAAUGCCCGCAAGAUUGUUGUAUCUUCGCCGAACAGAGAACGAUACAAGGAAUACGAAAAAGGAAAGUUAGUUGAUACAAGGAUAAUGCCGACAUGGGAUUUGGAAGAACUGGAAAUCCUCCAGAGCAUCAUCCAUCUUAACACAGACUUUAUUAAGCUGAGAGAACUUUACUCUUUAUGGGGUGGAAUCCCUAGAUAUGUUGUAGAAAAAGCGGAAAUGGAAAGUUCUCAGCGUCUUCUUGAGGUGGCUUUGGCUACAGCUGACUUCGAUAAAAUAAUUCAAAGCAUUGGAAACAUCGACUCAAAAAAGGACGUGAGUCACCGUCUAAUUCAUAUUACCUGUGAUGAAAAAUAUCUGCAAACAGGAGUCAUCUUCGCCUCCAAAUGGAUAGCUGAUAAUCUACUCGAUCGUUUCGAACAGUUAUGCUUUGAGAAGGUCAAGUCGUUUCUUUUCGGGAACGGAGGACAAUCAGCAUGUAGUGGACUGAGGGGACAGCUUUUCGAAGCAUACGCACAUAAAGUUCUAGUUAGGGGAAAUAAGAGUUACCGAGUCCGGAAUCUUGAAGAUGGAAAAGAGUUCCAGAAGCAUUUCACAGCGUGCGAACAUGUUUUAUUCACACAGCUCUCGAAUAUUAAUCGAACUGAACACAAAGGGAAAUACUGCCAACCAAAGUCGAGAACCUUCUGUGCCAUCGAUGCUUUCAUAUUGGGUCAAUCUAAUACAAUCAACACACUUUUUCAAAUGACAGUAUCGAGCAAUCACCCGAUUAAAGCACAUGAGUUGGAAAAAGUUAUGAACAUUGGAACAAGCCAUGACCUUUACGAGUUCUACUUUGUUGUUCCACCUGAGAUAUGGAAUGAUUUCACCAAACAAAAGUACGUUAAUCUAAAUGAUACAAAUAGGAAGCGGCUAGGGCAUCUUUCCCAGAUAACUCAGUAUGUUUUGGAAAUGCCGUUAUACUUGUAA